UGGUUUGCAGCUAAAUUGGUUCUUACUUUAAUCUUACCCAGUUAGUUUCAUUUAGGUAAACUUUGUUGUAAGUUGAACUUAUUCCUGUUCAAUUUGUUUAUAUACAAUUAACUUCACAAGUCCAAUGUAAUGCUAUUUUAUCGUUUUUGUUAACAUUUUUUUUCUGUUCUAAUCACUGUGUUCUCAUACGGAUUGUCUAUUCGUUAAAUCAAUAUCAACAGUCUGAAAUCUUUUUCAUCAUUUGAUUAUAUGUCGUCGAAUAAUAAUCUCGUUCAAUCCGAGUUUCGGUAUGAUGAUGGUAAAAGCCCAUUAGCAUUAUUGGCUGAAACUUGUCGGAAUAUUGGUGUUGACACAACAACUAGUAAAUUAACCAAAUCAUCCAUUGAUCAUACCAAAUCAUUUUCAUCAAAAUCUUCAACUUCACCGUCAUCUUCUUCUUCAUCCCUUGAAUCUACUAGGAAAAGCAAUGAUUCUUGUCGUUUGUCAGUUUCACCUUUAAGAAAUGGAUCAGAUAAACAAUCAACUUUAUCUGUUUCCUCAAAUAGCCGUAUCAGUGCCAAUUCAGUGCCUGGAUCAAGUAAUACUAACCUUGGCUUGAAUGGUAAUUCAACUCAUGUUAUUGUUAGCAAUGGAUCAACACACUCCUCUCCUAAUUACACUGGAACCAGUGCAGGCUCAGUAAAUGGUAAUCGUGAACCAACAAAGUUUUCAUUUAAGCCUUAUGAAGAUCAUGUUACCAAUAAAAGGACGUGUAUUGAAGACUCUAGAAGUCAUUCAGUAUUCAACCAUAAUUACCCACAGCAGGUACAAAGCUCAAGAUCACCUUUAAAUAGUGAUACCUACAAAAAUAACAAGGAUAACCAGUAUAACAGUAAUAGUGUGAUUACCUCAAAACCCUCUGAAUCAGUUUCUUCAAAACGAGAAAGUGAAACCAAUGGAGGAAGCCCACCAACAAGCCACAGCAAUGGUUACGAUGAGACAAAUAAAAAGAUACAAAAGUAUAAUUCACUAGAGUCAACCUCAUCCUCCAUUUCAUCUUCAUCUUCAACACCCUCUAUGUCUAACACUUCAUCAACUCCAUCCGUAGUAUCAAAAUCAACCCUGUCAUCGUCAACACCAACCUCAACAACAGCAUCCGUCUCUCACCAAACACCACCAUCAUCCAAACUCCAUCAGUUGAAUGUAGAUAGUGUUAAUAAAUUUGUACCAUAUUCAUCACUUUCACCCUACCUGGGCCUUCCACACCAUCCACAUGCAUCACAACAUGAUCCAGCAUCAACUGCUGCAGCCGCUGCCAGGUUAAAUGCUGCUGCUGCCGCUGUGGCUGGCUACUGCCAUUCACCAAGCGUGUGCCGUGAUCCCUUUUGCCCAGGCUGUCGAUUCAAUGCUGCUGCCGCAUCCAACGUACUAGGACAAGUUUCAGCCUGUGCCGCUGGUUGUACUCAGUGUUCACACGGUUCAAUGGCUUCAUCUCUUAAUUUAGCAGCUGCCCUUCAAGCCAAUUCACCUUACCUUCAUGGUAAUGCAUUUUAUCCGUUACUACAUUCACCCCAUCACCCUUCAAAUCCAAAUAAUCCUUCAAACAAUCCCUCAAAUGUGAACCAACCUGGAAAUGUAAAUAUGAAUAAACUCAAUACAUGUAAUUGGGUGGUAAAUAACACCUUUUGCGGUAAACGAUUCAAUUCCGCUGAAGAAUUGCAUCAACAUCUUCGCAAUCACACCUCUUCUGAUCCAACCUCAGUCUCUGCUCUUGCCUUUCUCGGUCAAUAUCCCCAUCUUGAUCCAAUGUUAACAAGUCCCAUCGCUGGCUUAAGAAGGACUGCUUUUGAUCCAGUAAAUCGAUAUCAUCCGUACAAACCAUUCACCAAUUUACCAAAUGGAUUAGGAGGAUCGCCCAACCUUCCACCUUCACAUUCACCUAGAUCCCAGAUGAAUUUGAGUUAUCCUCCAUACGGACCUUAUGCAGGACGUUUGGGUCCACCAAUUCCGCCUUAAGAAAAUCUCUUUUUCUCUCUUAUUUAUCAUUAUCAAAGGUGUGUUUGUAGUCAUUUAAGCUUUUUGGUUUGAACAAAGAAAAAUUUUCCAAAAGCACAUUUCGGUAAGAAACGGCCAUAAACGAAGCUUGGUUUUUUAUCUCAACAUUGCAAUUAUCAUUGAUGUAAUAGAUCAUCAUCACGUCUUCAGUUUUGCUCACAAUGGAUUUUUGCUUCGUCAAUCCAUCAUACUUUUUUUCAUCAGACAAUUCAAUCUAUGUUUUUCAUCAUCUUCAUGGUUAUUACUGUCAUCAUUUUCACCACCAAAAAAAGCAUAGAACUGAACAAGUUACAAAAGCAUAUUUAAUAUGUAAACAAGCAACCAACCAAAAUCAAACAAGACAAAAAACAGAACUAACAUGUUACACACACAAAGCAACUGUUUGAUUACCUAAAUUGUUUUUAAAUUCAACUAUAAUUUAAUUAUUAAUGAAUGCGAUUAAUUUUGCUAAUGUGAUUCAAAUACAAUACACUUGAGGUGAAAGUUUUGGAUAAAACAAAAAUUAACCUUUGCGAUUUUUUGCAUUGUAAACCCAAUCUCUUCUAAUCUCACCCACUCACUGUUGUUAACCAAAAUUUAAAUUCAAGCUAAAUCUGAAAGCUGAUUUAUUUUUCCAAUUUG